CCUGCACACCGGCGUCACGCUCUAAUGAAUUUCGGAUGACACAGGUAGACAAAUAUUUGAAAAUUGUGAAGGAAUGUUUUAAUAACAACAUUUAUGAUCAGCAUGUAAUGGAUUUAAUUAAAGACAUAUCAUAAAGGCAAUCACACCAAACAGUCAGCAUGUUUGGUCAGACACCCACAGCGCUGGUAGCAGCGCGUGAGAAGGUCGCACUUACCCAUGGUCAAAUUCUGUACGGACUGGUCAAGCCGACCAAGGAGAAGGACCAGGUCGAGUCCACGGCAGCCAUGGUCAAUGUCAUACCUAAGAAGAGGAUCUACCGGAUGGAGAAGUAUGAGGAACUGGAUCUGUUUAUCGUUGAGCUUUCCAAGCGCCCACUUGUCCUACAGCCGUCUGCCUACGUCAGUAAGGGACUGUCUGUGCUUCGAUGUUCCUUCUACACCGACGAAGAGAAGUGGCUGCUGCUGAUCAACCAGAACCACCCCAAGAUCAAGAGUCGUAUACAGAUGGCCAUGGAUGCAGCAAGAAACAAGAUGAUGCAGGGACGCCCCUUUGUGAUGGAGCUGUCGUUCAACAAGUUCCUGGCCCAGGUGUACAUGGACAGACUGACGGAGGAGGACAUCAACAGGCGGUUCACCUUUGUUGAGUUUCAGGACGCGGAGAUUGUCAUCCGUUACCCUGGAAACCGAGCCUCCCGUUCUUCCUUCACGAUGACCAAGAACAAUGACAUCCAUUUUGAGUUUGACGACAUCCUACCGAGUGAGAUAGUACAUCGAACUGUGUCUGACGCCAGAUCAGAGUGGAGCAGCCCUGCACUGCGCCUUAUCAUGCCGGAUGAACUCCAGGACCUUUUGCGAGGCUGGCAGUUUGAGAACAUUGACCCCCUGGCACGGGGAGAUGAAUAUGAAGAGGAGUGGGAAGAUUAUGAUUAUGAAGAGGAGGGGGCAGUGGGCGGGGAAGACUUUGUGCCCGAGGAGGAACCCUUGAAGGCCCCGGGCAAGGUUCUAGGUCGGGCAGCAAGGCGGGCCAACCAGGCAGCAAAGUAUGAGGUGUCAGUGGACCUGCAUGUACCAGCUGGGCCUGUAUCCCAGAGUCAGGGGAACCAAUACAGCGGGGGUAGGGCGCGGGUAUUAACCGGGGGGAGGGAUACGCAUGCAUAUGAGGACUUAAACAGGGGAAAGGCAGAUCAUGCAUAUGCUGGUAUAAAGUUGGGUGCGCCAGUGUCUCCGAGGGCAGUGAAACACGGGGCUGAUGUGUCUCCCUAUGAAAAGAUGAACUCAAGCAAGGCUGGGCUCUUAGCUCAGAGCCCUGCUGGGCCACGGACACCAGUCUCGACACAUGGGAGGAGUGACGAUAGGUAUAACGCAGAGCGUGUGGAUAAAUAUAACACAGAGAGUGUGGAUAGGUAUAACACAGAGCGUGCCGAUAAAUAUAACACAGAGUGUGUGGAUAAAUAUAACUCAGAGCAUGUUGGAAGUUAUAAUGCUCCAAGGACACCAGUUUCACACAGUGUUAGUGAUGACAGGUAUAAAGCAGGGUAUAUGGACCAGACACGCCCGGCACACUCCACUUACCUUACAGACGACGACCCAGAUGACGGGGGAUUUUCGUCCAAGUUGCCUCCACAACGCAGCCCUAACCCUGAUAGCAGACUGAGAGAGGCAGAUGGCCAUGGAAACCCUCCCAGAAGUCCAUACUACCCCAAUGACACUUACAGGAGUGCUUCUCAGGGACAACAGAGUUAUGGGGGGAGGAGUCAAGGACAGCAGAACCCUGGACCUGGGGUUCAUCAGUCGGUCGCGGCCCCUAGGGGGUUCCACCGACAACAGGGCAGCGGUCGCUCUGAUACCUCUGCAUCUGAUAGCGGCUUUGGGGAGAAUGAUCAAGAAUCUUCGAAGUACAGACUUGAGAAGGGCGGGGCUCGGUCGAGUGGGAAGAACAGUAUAAAUGGGGAUUUAGCAAAGACACCAUAUUACAAUCGUGCGUUUGAACAGGAGAGUCCUGAGAGGGACAGUGGGGAUAUUCUGGCCAGACAUAAGGCAAUAGCCAGUCGGGCAAUUCAUGGACAAGGAGUGCCAGACGCAGGGGGGUAUAAUAGAACUGAUAGAUACAACGACCCGGGGUACACGCGCGAGCUACAGAAAUGGCGACAGAAUAUUAACGAUCUUGAAGACUCAGUUGUGCCAUCAGUGCAGGUAUCGAGGAUGCGGUUACAGAGUGAUGGGGAACGGAUGGAGGAGAGCUUCAUAUAGCUGUCUGGCUCUGUGUCAGAAAGCAUUACAUUUAAAUAGUGCUUCUUGUACCAUGUCGUUUUUCGGUUUACAUGUAUAUUUUUCUUUUUUUACUAUAAUCAUUGUACAGCUUUCAUUUUGCCAGUAUCUCUUCCAAUAAUGUACUACAAACAUGUAUUAAGCUUUUUUAUAUAGAUUUUGUUUUAUUAACAGUUUUAAAAUUUAACAAAAAAGUGAACCAACUCACUUGUAUUCUCAAAACAAUUGACAUGCAUUUAUUUUCUUAGUAGCUAAUGCUUCUGUUUCAUUAUACAUGUACUUUGUAUUAGUUUAAGUGUACAAUGAAAAAUAGAGUUUCUAAAAGUUUGAUAUUUUUGAUAUACUUUCAUUUUGAGCUCGGCUGUUUCCGGAGAAAACCCGAGGUAUUGUCAUAGCCAGCUCGUCGUGUCCGUCGUUGUGUCUGCCGUCCGCGUCGUGCUAGAACCUUAACAUUUUGUCAAGGUUUUGAACAUUGGCUCUAAAAUCAAAGCGCUUCCACCUACAACUUUGAAACUUCAUAUGUAGCUGCACCUUGAUGAGUUCUACACGCAACACCCAUUUUUGGGUCACUAGGCCAAAGGGCAAGGUCACUGUGACCUUUAAAAAAAUGCACCCGCAGUCAAGCGUUGGCACCCGUUAUGGGGUGCUCUUGUUGUAGAAUUAUUUCAAAUCUUUUGUAUACAUUUGAUCCUUUUUGUAAAACAGACCUCUGCCCCUGGACAAUCAUUCUGAACACUUGUUAUUCUGGGGUUUCAAGCCUGAAAGAUGUGAUUAUAUCAUUCUUUAAUAUACUGCUGCAUAGCUGAGACAACCUUGCCUUUAGGGUGCAGGAUCAACAGGGUUUGCAGUGGUCUAAACACGGGCUGUGCAGAAUGUAAAUUUAAUGUUAAAAAAUUCACUUUGCAAAUAUCUCAUGUUAUUGGUAUUCAUUUGCAAAAAUCUUGAGUGAUUAAAGGAAAGUUUUUCUUGCUGUUUGUGCCAAUAUCUUUAGAUUUAAGAAUCAAUCCUUGAAUUCGUCUGAAAUUGGUGCCAAAAUUUCACGUUGCAUGCAGCAUAACUGUGUACAUAAAUGCGGAACACAUAAAAGUUUUGGCCAAGAACACAGGCUUAUUAAAUAAAGUAAUUCUGGUGUAUUUCAUUGCCAUAAUCAGCAUAAAACUGUCUUUUAUGCCCUAGUUAAAAUCAUAAAAAAAAAUAGUUCUAAGUAGUAAUUUGAAAAAACUGCACUCACCGGUGUGAUAACAUUCAUUAACAUUUAAUUGUGAACCCUUUAAAAUAACUUGAU